AUGGAUAAGAAGAAGGUAUGGUUUUGGGGCGUCAACGACAACAAAGGAGGAGGAAAAGAGAAGGAGCCGGAGGAUGACGUGGCAGACCAUAUGUCACGAGACGGGACAAUGAGCCAAUACAGCCUUAGCAAAGGCCUUCUUCCUUCUCUCGGAGCCACCUCCCGUUCCUCUCUCCGUCGCUUCAUCAUCUCUCCUUUCGACCAUCGUUACAGAGCGUGGGAGACCUUUCUGGUUUUCUUGGUGCUCUACACAGCAUGGGCGUCUCCUUUCGAAUUCGGUUUCUUGCAGAAGCCUAGAGCGCCUCUCAGCAUCCUCGACAACGUCGUCAACGGUUUCUUCGCCGUUGAUAUAAUCCUAACAUUCUUCGUUGCCUUCCUCGACAAGGCAACUUACCUCCUCAUCGACGAUCCGAAAAGAAUCGCUUGGAGAUACGCCUCGACAUGGCUCGUUUUCGACGUGGUGUCCACGUUUCCUUACGAGAGUCUAGGCACUUUUUUCCCUGAAGGGUAUGGUGUUUUCAGCAUGCUGCGUCUUUGGCGUCUUAGGAGAGUUAGUAACUGUUUCGCAAGGUUAGAGAAAGAUAGGAGAUACAGCUACUUUUGGGUUCGGUCCACGAAGCUUCUCCUUUGUACUCUUUUUGUGAUUCAUUGUGGUGCUUGCUUCCUCUAUUCCAUUGCUUCGCAUUAUCCAGACCCUUCCAAGACGUUUAUGGCAUUAACCGAUGAGAAUUGGAAGCAGUCUCCUCUCGCUUUGCAGUAUAACACGGCCAUGUAUUGGUCGAUUACUACUUUCUCCACAACGGGUUAUGGUGAUAUACAUGGUGUUAACUCAAGAGAGAUGACUUUUAUUCUUUUCUACAUGGUCUUUAACCUAGGAUUGUCAGCUUAUAUCAUUGGUAACAUGACCAACCUUGUGGUUCACGUCACUAGUCGCACAAGAAAAUUCAGAGAUACUAUUCAAGGUGCGUCAGGGUUUGGACAGAGGAAUAAUCUACCAGUACGUUUGCAAGAUCAGAUGGUUGCUCAUUUGUGCUUGAGGUACAGAACCGAUUCAGAAGGGUUACAGCAGCAAGAAAUCAUCGAUUCACUCCCUAAAGCUAUUCGCUCUAGUAUAUCGCAUUAUCUGUUUUAUGAAGUCGUGGAUAACAUUUACUUGUUCCAUGGAAUAUCCAACGAUCUUCUUUUCCAAUUGGUCACGGAAAUGAAAGCAGAGUAUUUUCCUCCCAAAGAAGAUGUGAUUUUGCAGAAUGAAGCACCAACAGAUUUUUACAUAUUGGUAACCGGAGCCGUUGAAAUUAUUGCACGUGUGAAUGGAGUGGAGCAGGCAAUUAAGGAAGCACAGAGAGGAAAUGUGUUUGGUGAAGUUGGGGUACUAUGUUACAGACCACAGCUGUUUACUGUUCGGACCAAGCGAUUGAGCCAGCUGCUUCGUCUGAAUCGAACUACACUCUUAAAUCUUGUUCAGGCAAACGUGGGAGAUGGAGCAAUUAUCAUGAAUAAUCUUCUUCAGCAUUUAAAAGAAUCAGAAGAUCCAGUGAUGAAAGGGAUUUUGGCUGAUACAGAACACAUGUUGGCUCAAGGGAAAAUGGAUUUACCUCUCAGCUUGUGUUUUGCUGCAUCAAGAGGAGACGAUUUAUUGCUGCAUCAGUUACUUAGACGAGGCUCAAGCCCUAAUGAAAUGGAUAAGAACGGGCGAACCGCAUUGCAUAUAGCAGCAUCAAGAGGAAGCCAUUAUUGCAUCGUUUUACUUCUCGAACAUGGAGCAGAUCCUAACAUUAGAGAUUCCGAAGGUAAUGUACCCUUGUGGGAAGCAAUCAUAGGAAGACAUGGAGAAAUCGCUAAACUCCUUGCAGAAAACGGGGCAAAGCUAAGCUCAGACUCAGCAAGCUAUUUCUCGUGCUUAGCCGUGGAGAAGAACAGCUUAGACGCUCUCAAAGACAUAAUCAAAUACGGCGGUGACGUCACAGUCCCUGAUGGAAACGGAACCACAGCCUUACACAAAGCAGUUACAGAAGGACACGUGGAGAUCGUGAAGUUCUUAUUAGACAAAGGUGCUGAUUUGGACAUGCCGGAUUCUUACGGUUGGACUCCUCGAGGUCUUGCCGAGCAUCAAGGGCAUGAAGACAUCAAAACAUUGUUUCAUGAUCACAGGCCCGUGGAGAAGAAACCUAAACAUGUACCUGGAACACCUGAGUUUCCUGUCGCAGGAAAGCCAUUGAUGAAACAUAGCAGUGAGCCUACAUUGCCACAUUCAGGAGAAGUGCCUCUUGUCCAAGAGGGAGGCCAGCUUGUUGUUUCUCAGACACGGAAACUCAGUAACUUCAGAAACUCUCUCUUCGGAAUUAUAUCAGCUGCAAAUACCGGUGAUGAUGGAGGAGAAACUACAAGAAGCCCAGCAGUUCCAGGAAGAGGAGGUGCGUUUUAUCUGGCGAGAGUGACGAUUAGCUCGCAACAAAACGGUGAAAUGGGUGGAAAAGUAAUAUUAUUGCCUGAUUCUAUGGAAGAGCUAUUGGAGGUUGGUGAGAAAAAGAUGGGUUUCGUGCCAACCAAAGUAUUAACAAGAGAAGGAGCUGAAAUUGACGAUAUCGCUCUUGUCAGAGAUGGUGAUUUUCUAAUUUUGGCAGGGGAUCCUUGA